AAUAUACAUACAUGGCAGGGUCGGGUCUCGCACGCUCUGCAAAUGCAGCAGCUAUCAAUGGCCCUCAAUUUCUCGAGGUCCUGCAGCGAACAUGGCUCGAGUCGCGUCGGUUUUGGGCCGGCGGAGAAACCGCACCUAUCCUUCCCCGGAAAAUAGGUCUUGCCGUCAGUGGAGGAGCUGACUCCAUGGCUUUGGCAUAUCUAUGCAAACAGUGGGAGAGAAAUCACUCCCAGGACUUUGGUGAUCGAGAUGUCAGCGUCACAGCUUUCGUGGUCGAUCACAAAGCUCGCAAGGAGAGUACGCAAGAAGCCAAUACUGUUUCCCAAUGGUUGUUGCAAAUGGGCAUAAAGACGCAAAUUCUGGAGCUGGAGUGGCCACAGCAAAGCAGCGGUUCCUUAUCUAAUAUAACUGCAUUUGAGACGCACGCUCGCCGUCUACGCUUUCAAGCUCUCGGUAAUGCAUGCAGAGCACAGCAAAUUGAAGUCCUUUUGAUGGGCCACCACCAAGACGAUAAUGUCGAGACUACUCUUUGGAGGUUAUGUUCCGGAGCCAGAGGCGCAGGUUUAGCUGGCAUCCCCCCUGUGGCACGCAUCCCAGAAUGCCACGGGUUAUAUGGGGUCUCUGAGAGUGGAUAUACAGCCUUCAUCCAGCCUGACAAGUUACUUGGACCCCGGUCACAUAGCACUCACCAAAUGGAUGGGCACAACAACACCACAAACGAAUCGAAAGCACACCAACAAAGAGCUGUCCCGAUUUCAACAGGCGGGAUCCUAAUCUGUCGUCCUCUGCUUUCCUUCCCCAAAACCAGUCUUAUCGCAACCUGUCACGCAAACAACGUCCAAUUCGUCUCUGACCCAACCAACUUCGAUCCAACGCUCACCCCUCGAAACGCCAUCCGGAGUCUUCUCUCCUCCAACAAGUUCCCCAGAGCCCUCCAGAAGCCCUCCAUCCUUUCCCUAGCUCAAAAAAGCCAAGACCUCAUCAACGAUUCUCGUCACCUCUCCAAUAAACUCCUCCAGCAAUGCAAACUCCUUGACCUCUCCCUCGCAUCGGGAUGCAUUGCCAUUCAAUUCCCAAGCUCCUUCCCCAGCUCUUCUCAACCCUCCCCAGAAUCCCUCCUAACAGCCACAACAUUCUCUCAUCCACCCCAAAAUCCCACCCAACGCCUGCAUCAUAUCCAAUCCCUCACCCUCCGCCGCAUCACAGAACUCAUCUCUCCCUUUCCAGAGAACCACUUCCCCCUCCGCAGCUUCGAAAACUUCACAUAUAACGUCUUCCCAGCGACUCCCCCAUCUAAAUCCCAACCCCCAACCACCACCCCCUUUACCCUAGGCGGCGUUCUUUUCCAACCCCUCUCCUCUAAGAAAUCACCCCCAUCUCCAUCCCACACUCCCUUCAAAGACGGACAACUCACACCUAACCACACAAAUACAUGGCUGCUCACCCGCCAACCAUUCAUGCGCCACCGCCAUCCAAUCCUAUACUUCCCACCUCCACCUCCACCCUCCACCCCUAAACCAUCUUCCAGUUUACCCUCCCCGCAGAUAGAAGAACCGGCCUACACGCCCUGGAAGCUAUGGGACAAUCGGUACUGGUUCCGAUUCGCAAUCGUCCCCGCAGCACCCACUUCUUCUUCUUCUUCUUCUUCUUCUUCUUAUACCUUUUCCCUGCCUGGGAAAUCUCCAACACAGAACCACCACGCAAACCAGAUAUCCCAGACUAUCAUCCCACUUCUCGUACGCCCUUUGAUGCAAUCUGAUCUGCAGAUCCUUCGUCGGGCUAUCGGGCCAGGGAAAAAGAAGAAGAAGAAGAAGAAGGGAAAUAUCCAAUCAACCCAGCUUGCUGGGGAAAUUGAAACGGCUGCUGCUGCUGCUGCUGCUGCUGCUGCUGCUGAUGUAACUGCGUUCUUUGAAUUGUUGGAUCGAGAAGCUCCAGGCCAGUCUCGAUUUACGAUUCCAGUCGUUGCGGUUGACGGGUCGUUUGGUGGACUUGGGCAGAACUCGGACAGACCGGUGGGUUUGCCUACGAUUGAUUUAUGGAUGCCUCUGGCACAGCGUGGUGAGCCGGAGAUUUCGCACACCAAGAAAUUAUACACGAUAAAAUGGGAGUGGAAGUAUAAGAUGAUUGGCCUUGAUUCUUUGGAAUUGAUGAGUUCUUUGUAA